AUGCCAAAGAGGAAAGCAGCCCAGCUGGAAGCUGAGCCAGACACCAAGGGUCUGCGAAGGUCGACGCGUCGAAAGUCAAGUGCCCUAGACAACGCGCAGGCCGACAGCUCGGCGAAGGAAACCAAGACCAGACAACCGAAGCCACAGAAGCCGAAAGCCAAGAAAGAAGAUGUCCAGCCCACGCCCAAAUUGCAAGCCAGGACCACCAAGCCGGCCAAAGCCCAGGUGUCUGCGGCGAAACCUGAGACGAACGACACGACGGGCUCUUCAGAGAGGUGGUACUGGCUUAUGAAAGCCGAGCCCGAGACCCGGCUGGAGAACGGGACAGAUGUCAAGUUCUCCAUUGACGACCUGGCCUCACGUACGGAACCUGAGCCUUGGGAUGGUAUUCGCGCGUACGCGGCGCGCAACAACCUCCGGUCUAUGAAGAAAGGCGAGCUGGCUUUCUUCUACCAUUCAAAUUGUAAAGAACCGGGUAUCGUGGGUACAAUGGAGAUUGUGGAAGAGCAUUCGCCUGAUCUCUCUGCACACGACCCCAAAGCCCCUUACUACGAUGCUUCAUCCAAGCCCUCAGAUCCCAAGUGGAGCGUCGUCCAUGUCAAGUUCCGCAGCAAAUUCACCCAAUCCAUUGGGCUCAAGGAGCUCCGCGAAAUGGGCAAGCCGGGACAGCCGCUCGAGACCAUGCAGAUGUUGAAGCAGAGCCGGUUGAGUGUCAGCCGGGUAAGCCCGGCGGAAUGGGAACACCUGAUGGACGUGGUCAAGCAGCGGGGUGGCGAGACUCAGUAG